AUGAAGGGAGCAGUUGAUUCCGAGUAUUCGAUUAUAAAGUCCAAGUGUGUUUUCCUUGGAGAACAUGGAGCUGGAAAAACAUCAAUCAUACUUCGCUUCAUGCACGAUACAUUCGAUCCAGCUUAUCAUGCUACAAUAGGCAUUGACUUUGUUUCCAAAACUCUUUGUUUCAACGAAAAAUCAAUACGUUUGCAGUUGUGGGAUACAGCUGGUCAGGAAAGGUUUAGCAGCCUCAUUCCUAGCUAUAUAAAGGAUUCGUCUGUAGCGAUCGUCGUCUAUGACGUCACAAGUCGUGAAUCAUUUGUCAGAGCUGAUAAAUGGAUCGCAGAAAUUCGCACUGAACGUCCAUCAAAAACAUUGGUUUUUCUCGUCGGAAACAAAGUUGAUUUAGAAGACAAACGAGUCGUAACGACUGAAGAAGCAGCUAAGAAAGCUGAAAAAGAAAAUUUGUUCUUUGUUGAAACUAGUGCCAAAACAGAUUUCCAAAUAAAGAAGUUAUUUGAUGAAGUUGUAGUAGAAGUCGUUAAAAGUAUAAAUAAUUCAAAAGAAAAUGAACAUCCAAAUGGUAAUGUUGAAUUGGAUAAAGAGAAUGGAUAUUGGAAAUGUUGGUGCUUUUAA